AUGGGGGAAUGGUGCGUAUUUCACAGGAUUCUCGCGCGGUACAGCCGAUUAAAAAGCACGAGAGCAGCUAGAGAAACGAAAAGGGCCCUCCCCUACCCCAGCCGCCGUGGUGCACCCCGGACCCUCGCUCCUCUCCGUCUGGCGCGCUGCUGGGGGCGGGGCCAAAAGCGCGUACGCGGAUUGGCCGGGAGAAAGAGAGCACUGGCGGUGGAAUUCUGCGCGGGCUGGUUGUUGUGUCUGCUGCGCGCUAUGGCUGGUAAGGUCCUGGAAAAGGACGAGCUGCUGCGGAAGCUCAGGAACAACCGCCGCCGCUUCCAGAGGCACAUGCAGCAGCUGAUAGCAAAGUACAACAGGCCCUUCGAGGACGACCCGCUGGUGCAUAUGGCCACGCUGACUUACGAAACGCCCCAGGGAUUGAGAAUUUGGGGUGGAAGACUAAUAAAAGAAAGAAACAAAGGACAAAUCCAGGCCUUCACUGUGGUGUCCGGGAACAGGAUAGAUGGCUCCAUGCAAGCUACAGCCCAAGGUCAUGAGCUUCCCUCACACUGCUCGCAAGUCCCAAAAGCCGAUUCAGAAAACAGUGAUAGUGAUACAACUUUAAACCAGGAAGAUCCUGUUGCUUGGACCUUAACCCCUGCAGUGCCUCAAAGCCCUUUGAAAAAUGAGUUAAGACGGAAAUACUUGACCCAAGUGGAUAUACUGCUACAAGAUCCAGGGUAUUUUGAGCGUGUAGAUAACACAGCUGGAAAAGAUGCAUGCAUGACCCUGUUCCCUUCACUGGCCUCGCCUACCACAUCUGCCCCUGGAUCCUGUGGUAGUGUCUCCGGAAAGAGUCCUGGUGACCCAGCAAAACCAACUUCAUCUCCCAGAGAACGGGAUCCUUCGUGUCCUUCCUCAAUAGACAUGGCCAUAGUACCUAGAAAUGACAGUCUCUUAUUACCAGGGAUCAGUAGUAGCAGUUUGUUAAGCAGUGAGUCCUUUGAAGAUGAUGACAUUUGCAAUGUGACCAUUAGCGACUUGUACUCAGGCAUGCUACAUUCCAUGAGCCGGCUGUUAAGCGCGAAGCCAUCAAGUAUAAUCUCCACCAAAAUAUCCAUCUUGCAAAACUGGAACUCCAGGAGGAGGCACAGAUGUAGGAGCAGGAUGAACAACACAUAUUGCAAGAGAGGCAGACAUUAUCAGAGGAGCUCCAAGGAGAGAAUUUUACCCUGCUCUGAGCCUGUAAAAGACAUAAGAGCAUUAAGAGAUUACAAGAACUUACUAGAUGUUUCUUGCCAUAAGACAAGUUUAAAAUUGGAAAAUGUUUUUCCUGAAGUAAACAAACCACAAAUCCAUAAGUUAGAUCCAAGUUGGAAGGAGCUUAAAGUGAUGCCGCAGAAGUAUUCUUCAUCGACUUAUUUCAGCCCCAGUGUAAUGCAUAAUCUUGAUCAGGAAAAUAGACUUAUGAUGUUAAAAUGGUUGAUUUCUCCUGUAAAAAUAGGCUCCAGACCAAGAAUACUGCAGGGCCCUGGAGAGAAUCGUCAGAGGGAGAUUGAAAUCAGAUUUGACAAACUUCAUCAGAAAUAUUGCCUGAGUCCCAGGAACCACUCUCACCUGGCUGGUCCCCCAGACUCCAGGGCUCUGGAUGUGUACAGAGGGGGUCCUGGUGUCCCUCUGAGCUUAGAACGCCACAGGCUGAGUUUACCUUUGCGCAGAGGAAAAGCAAAGAGGUUAAGUGAGGUUUUUGAAAACCUGGGCAGUAGGUCUGUGAGUAAAUGCCUGCCAAAGAGUGAUUCCUUUUUGUCAGUUUCAGAGGCAGACCCCACACAAAACCCAGAUCACUCUCAGUGGACAUCUGGCCUUCAUUUUCAAGAAAACAAUUCUAGAGUAUUCAGAAAGUCAGUAUCACCCAGCAAAACUAUUUCAGUACCAAGGAUAGGACCUCUAGUCUGUGGAAGGAAUCAUUAUGAUGAAAUUAAAGAAAAAUUUGACAAGCUUCAUCAAAAGUAUUACCCCAGAUUGCCUCAGCAGACAAAGGCACCUGUAUGUAUUGAAGUGUCUCCAGAUGCAGCAAGUGUAGAAGUUCAGGAUCAAACAGAAGUCUCCUUAGGAAAAUUAAAUCCUGAUUCUCACUUCCAGAACUGCCAAAAGUUAUCACCACCCCUGGAGUACAUAAAAAGUCCACUAGGCUCACCUGCAAUUGAGGCUCAUUCAUCUAGGUGUGUUGCUUGUGCUACCAGAAGGGACCAUCAGUACCCUGCAAAAAGACGCAGGCUGUCAGACCCCCAGGGGUGUGGAUACCUGGCAAAUUCCCAAGAUGCCUCAAGUGGGGUGGACAGAGCCAUCCUCAGACCUGGAGAACAGGGCAGUUCUUCACAACCCAACUCAGAAGAGAAGAAGGUGUGUUUGUUUGUUGAAUGUGAGGAUUUAUGUGAGUGACUGCUCUGUGGGCAGAGGCUUUUUGUGAUGAGAACCUUUGUGCCACUUUUGAUGAAUCUCAGACUUCUUACAUGUUAAUUUUGCAAACAUUCUACCACACUCUUCCUUCCUCUAAAAUCAG